GAAUAUGCGGUUCAUAGCAUUUCAACUAACCAAGCAGCUAAACGCUUAACGCCAAAAUAAUAAAAGAUUAUAAUUUAGUUGUCUUAAUCUCAAAGCAAGCUAACGGAACAAUUCAACGAUACGAAUUUUGAAAACUUAAAAACUGUCGUUCGUGUUUUUGCCAACAAUUUGUUGUAGUUGUCGUUGUUGUCAACCGGUCAUCAGCUCACACACUCGUUAGUCGCAUUCCCGGCGCGGAGGAGCCUUGUCGGUCGGUUGUGUCGCAAUUGUUUAUUUAAUUUCUCGCUGUUGUUGCUGACUUUGUUGUUGUUUGCAUACCCUCCACUGUGACAUCGCCUGGGUCCAAAUCAUUACUCAUUGCUGGCAGCUGGCAUUUUGGAACAUCAAACAAAAACAAACAAAGGCGAAAGCACGAGUUGCCACGAAACCGAAACAUGCGUUCACCGGCAUUAGCAUUUGUCAUAUGCGUGGCGUUGGCCAUGGUCUUUAUGACGCAGGCGGAACACAAUGCGCAUUGCAAGGAACUGAAUCAAGUGAACUGUUAUAUGGGUCAGAAUGAGGGCUACUUCUGCAAUAAGAAUCAACAUACCGCCACACAGACGCGCUGGUUCUUCGACAAAGGCGCUUGCAAAAAAUUCAAUUACAAGGGCUGCUAUGGCAAUCGGAACCGCUUCUGCACGAAGGAGGCCUGCGAACGGCGCUGCCUGGGAUAAGGUUGUGUGUGCACCUGAAAACGGAGGAGUUGAUAAUGUGGAAGCGCGUGGAGCAAACGCUAAUAUUUGUUGUUUUCUCGCGUGUGUGUGAACGGCAGAAAAUUUAGUAACUCAAAAAGAAGCACGCAGUGUCGAAGUGCCUCUGGAAAUUGAUUAUCACUUAUACUUGUAGUAAUGUAGCGUUUUGACUUAAUAUACUAGAGUUUAAGAUUUUAUAAAUGUGUGUAGUUAUGUAAUUUGUAUAAUUAAUGUGUGUGUUUGUAAUCAUAAAAAAAUUAUUUAUUUUCUGCAAAAUAAAUGUAGUGAGCAUUUAAUGGA